UUUUCAACCAUCCUUCAUUUUCCUCCUCCUGCAACUGCCAGUAUCCUUCCUGCGGAGACGAUCACGGACCCCAUGGAAGAGACAAAAUCCAGGUUCAAGCGUAUCUGUGUUUUCUGUGGCAGCAGUUCUGGCAAGAAAGCUAGCUACCAGGAAGCUGCUGUUCAACUUGGCAAGGAACUGGUGGAGCGAAGGAUUGAUCUGGUCUACGGAGGUGGAAGCGUGGGGUUGAUGGGUCUCGUUUCGCAGGCAGUUCAUGAUGGUGGGCGCCAUGUUCUAGGGGUUAUCCCAAAAACACUCAUGCCGAGAGAGAUAACUGGUGACCCUAUCGGAGAAGUAAGAACCGUAUCUGAUAUGCAUCAGAGAAAAGCUGAGAUGGCUCGUCAAGCAGAUGCCUUCAUUGCCCUCCCAGGUGGCUAUGGAACUCUUGAGGAAUUGCUGGAAGUAAUUACUUGGGCUCAGCUUGGAAUCCACCGCAAACCCGUGGGGCUAUUGAACGUGGAUGGAUACUACAAUACCUUGUUGUCGUUCAUUGAUCAGGCCGUUGAUGAAGGCUUUAUCUCCCCUACGGCACGUCGCAUUAUCGUGUCAGCACCCACUGCCAAAGAAUUGGUCAAAGAGCUCGAGGAACAUGUACCUGAGCAAGAUGAGGUGGUGUCCAAGUUGGUGUGGGAAGAUAGACUGAAUUUCGUGGCAGAAUCAGAGGUUGCGAUGUGAUCCGUUUCAAGGCUGAAGAUGAUGAAGGGAUGGUUUUUGGGGUUUUUGGUUCUUUUUGGUACAUAAGAAUUAUAUACGGCCUUAUAGGAACCGUAGAUGAAGUCAACACAGGAUUUUUUUUUUUGGGGUUUCUUAGAAAGAUAGGACACUUGGCUAAUGUAAUGUCCCUAUCUAGCAGUAUACAGAAAGAUGUUCAUCAAAUGCAAAAUCAAAAUCUGAAUAUUCGUGAAACCUACGUUACAUUUCUUGGUAUCAAAAUGUGAAUGAUCCGAUUCGUAUCCAA